AUGGAAGAAUUUCUAAAUGAGGAGUCCAAGCCCACGACAGGAUUGAUACGACCCGAACCAUUUUCUCCGACCCGACUCCGCUUCUAUUUUGGGCACGUUUCCCGUCAUCGAAGAGUCUCAUUCAUCGUCAUCGCCCCGAGUUCCAACUCGCCCUGUCAGACCACCGUCGUUUGUUUUGAGCUCCGAACUCGCUCCGUCACCGGCGAUGGACUACCGGUUCAGAUCGCAGAGGCGAGUCCAGAUCGACGAGCCCCAGGCUCCUCCCAAGUUCGACGACGCCGGAGACGAGCCCCGGAGGACGAUGAGGAGGAGCACAGCCUUAGGUUAAGGCCGUCAGAUAGCAAUGUCAGCGAUGAUCAGGAGCCUUUCAUGGGUUUCAAGGUCCGCAGGAAGGCGUCCCUUCACCGGGAAUACAGGGGAGACUACCUUGACGUGCCCUCGCAUCCGUCCCUGAUGAAAAUUCUGCAGAAACAAGGAGAUAAGCAAGUUCUCUUUGCUGACAAAGUCCUGAAGUUCACUGGUUCUGGGAAAAUGAAACGGCGUAUCCUACUCAUUACCGAUUUUGCAAUUUAUAUUAUUGACCCCGAGACUGAUGCCCUCAAGCGGCGAAUAGCUCUGGCAGCUGUAGAGAAGAUGUGUUUGAGUGAAUUAAGUGACAACUUCUUUGCAAUCAUAGUCCCCACGGAGUACGACUUACUCAUGGCAAGUACUCGAAAGACAGAGAUUGUAACUGUAUUGGUCGAGGCCACAAAAUCCGACUACGAACUCGAGGUGAACUUUUCCAAAGGGUUUGAGUAUAAUGCAGCUGCUGAAUUGGUCAAGGAAGUCCAGUUCGAGGAGGUCGAAGGAGGCGUGAAGACAAGAAUCUUGAGGAAGUAAAUCUCUUUGUAUACUUGGAUACUGUUUACGUCUAUACCCUACUGGGAAUUCGAUGAUCUAUAGAUGAUUGGGAACACACUUUCAGUGACCAUAUUUCGAAUAUGCCCAUUUCAUUAUUGUGUCUAGACUUGUGGAUUCGCUUCCUUUGUCUUUACUUUUUCAUUUUUUGAGGGGAGAGUGUAUUUAAAGGUGUGAGAGGUAGAUUUUCUUAGUAUUGUCGACCAACUGUUCCACGAAAUACAUUUCGUGAUAAUUUGAUUUACAUAAUCGAUGUAAAUUGUUUCUGAGCA